CGCAGGCUGCAAGCUCAGCAAGUCUUGCGGCAAAGACACUCGGGCCGAGUUGCGGCCGGGACGCAGCGGACUCCGGGCUGGGAGCACGGUCCGCCCCUCGGCCGUCGCCUGCAGCCCGCCGCCCCUCACUUUGGGGGCCUGGGUCUCUCCUGGCUGGCUGCCCCGCGUCCUCCUGCAGCCAUGAGGAGCAUCUUCAAGAGGAACCAGGAGCCUGCGGUGGCUCCUGCCACCACCGCCGCGCCUGUCGGGCCCGCAGACAACACCACGGAGAGCGGGGGUGCUGGGAAGACCAAGGACGUGUUUGCCAAGAUGGGGGAGCAGUUCUUCAAUGACAUGAAGCUGAUCCCCUUGCCGCCCUGGGCGCUCAUCGCCGUUGUGGUGCUCGUCGGCCUCCUGCUCCUCACCUGCUGCUUCUGCAUCUGCAAGAAGUGUUGCUGCAAGAAGAGGAAGAACAAGAAGGAGAAGGGCAAGGGCGCCAAGAGCGCCAUGAGCAUGAAGGACAUGCGAGGGGGCCAGGUAGGGAGCCCGUCCCCUCGCCCGCAGGUCCCUCCCCUCAGCUCGCAGCGGCCCCGCUUUCCCCAGGGUUCUUUGGGAGACAGUUCCUGCCCGAGGAACCGGCAUGGAGGGUGGAAGGAGGGGCCUGUUUCGAGUCGUCAGCCUUGGAGCGGUGGCCUCCAGUGCGCGCAUGGCCCCCCCAGGACCGAUGACGACGCUGAGACGGGCCUGACGGAGGGGGAGGGUGAGGGGGAGGAGGAGAAGGAGCCAGAGAACCUGGGGAAGCUGCAGUUCUCCCUGGACUACGACUUCCAGGCCAACCAGGUGUGUGGGGCCGGAGUGGGGGGCUGGGUCUGCAGGGAGGGGCCCGGCAGGCUGCCCACCGCCCUGGCCACAGAAGUGCCUUCCCAGCUUCGGUUUCUCCAAGCGUCCCUCCGGCACCGUGCGCCCCCACCCCUGGGCUGA